UCGCCAUGGGGACGGGGCUGUUCCCGGGGAGGCUGUGAUGGGUUGACAGGUGCGUGACAGUGGGAGCUGCUCUCGGCACAAGCAUGUACGGCAAAGGCAAGAGUAACAGCAGCGCCGUCCCGUCCGACAGCCAGGCCCGGGAGAAGUUAGCGCUCUACGUAUAUGAAUAUCUGCUCCAUGUAGGAGCUCAGAAAUCGGCCCAAACAUUUCUAUCAGAGAUAAGAUGGGAAAAAAACAUCACAUUGGGGGAGCCGCCAGGAUUCUUACAUUCUUGGUGGUGUGUGUUUUGGGAUCUCUACUGUGCAGCUCCAGAGAGACGGGAAACGUGUGAGCACUCAAGCGAAGCAAAAGCCUUCCAUGACUAUAGUGCUGCAGCAGCUCCCAGCCCCGUGCUAGGAAACAUGCCCCCAGGAGAUGGCAUGCCAGUAGGUCCUGUGCCACCAGGGUUCUUUCAGCCUUUUAUGUCACCUCGGUACCCUGGAGGCCCAAGGCCCCCACUGAGGAUACCCAAUCAGGCACUUGGAGGUGUCCCAGGAAGUCAGCCAUUACUCCCCAGUGGAAUGGACCCAACACGACAACAAGGACAUCCAAAUAUGGGUGGACCAAUGCAGAGAAUGACUCCUCCAAGAGGAAUGGUGCCCUUAGGACCACAGUCUGACCCUUGGUUAUCAUUACAGAACUAUGGAGGUGCAAUGAGACCCCCACUGAAUGCUUUAGGUGGCCCCGGAAUGCCUGCAAUGAACAUGGGUCCAGGUGGUGGUAGACCUUGGCCAAACCCAACAAAUGCCAACUCAAUACCGUAUUCCUCAGCAUCUCCUGGAAAUUAUGUAGGUCCUCCAGGAGGCGGAGGGCCACCAGGAACACCCAUCAUGCCUAGUCCAGCAGAUUCAACAAAUUCUGGAGACAAUAUGUAUACUUUAAUGAACGCAGUACCUCCUGGACCUAACAGACCUAAUUUUCCAAUGGGUCCUGGGUCAGAUGGCCCCAUGGGUGGAUUAGGAGGAAUGGAGUCCCAUCACAUGAAUGGCUCUUUAGGCUCAGGAGAUAUGGACAGUAUUUCCAAGAAUUCUCCCAAUAAUAUGAGCCUGAGUAACCAGCCGGGCACCCCAAGGGAUGACGGUGAAAUGGGGGGAAAUUUCUUAAAUCCUUUUCAGAGUGAGAGUUACUCCCCCAGCAUGACCAUGAGUGUGUGAUCCAUUACCACGUCUCCUCAUGAAGACCAUCGUGAGUCAGCCCUUCACAGAACUACCACGGAAGAAACUGCUCAUCAAUGUACAGUUAAGGAAUCUCAGUCAACCAAACCAACCUUCUAGCUCCUGCUCUCUCCCCUCUUUUGUGAAGAAAGCGGGUCCCAAUGUGAUUCAUACAACUGUGCGGAGUGGCACAUUAGAGUCGCCCUAAACUGAACUGCGAAUAACCAUCUGUGUAUGUAUAUGUGUGGGGAAGAAUGCGCCGUGUAUGCAGAGCUCCAUGCGCAUACACGCAUACGUGCAUCAACCCACGGGACAUUGUAAGAUAUUAUCACAUGACAUCUUAAGUAGAAGUGAGUAGGGACUUUUAUUCCAUCCUUUUUUUUCACGUUUACAUUUUAAUUAUUAAAGGUUGCUCCUGCCCCUCCCUGAACUAUUUUGUGCUGUGUAUAUCACUGCUUUAUAUAAGUUAUUUUUUAAGGUGAACUCAGAUGUUAUGGUUUUGUAAAUGUCUGCAAUCAUGGAUAGGAAUAAAAUCGCUUAUUUGAGAGCUUUCAUUCCCUUGUGUCUGAUGCAAGUUACCUGUGAGCCCCAGACCGCAUUAAGUGGAGAAAAGCGUGUCUUCAUCCUGAUGCCCAGCAGACAUAGCUCGGUUAGUGUCUGUGCAGAGUAGUUUAGUGCCUGUGUGUAAGGAAAACACUCCAACACAGACAGGGUCAGCUGGGCUCACACAGUGUGUUCCUGCAGUAACUGCUUUACGUUACGUUCCUUCUUGGUUCGUUUGUCUUAGACUAUGCAGAAGCCAUGAGCUAACUCAAAUGACCUAGACCGUAGCAAUAAAGUGACAUGGGUUCUCGGAUUCUUAGCACAUUUUCUCUCUUAACAUGACAAAACCCAAAACCGGUAGCAAAGCCACUUGUUUGAAUUUGUCACUUUUCACCCAGGGAUCUGGAGGGUAAAUUUUUUUUAAUAAUACACAUUGUGAGAGAGUAUUGUAUUUUUAUUUGGAUUACCUGUGGACAUUUCCACAGAGACUUGAAAGCAGACAGACACACGCAGACACACUAACAUGAUUGAGGCUUUCAGCACCAGAGAGAAAAGAAGCCUUAGAAGAGGCCUAAGUAGUUUGUUGGAGCAGACUGGCCCCUGCCCCGCUGGCCUCCCUGCUCUCUGGCUGCGAGUAGACGCCUGUCUGCUCUGGUCUGGGCUCAGAGGGCUUGCAGUAGGAGGCAGAUUAUGUGUAUAACUUCUGUUGGCUGCAGGUGGCUGGAUCUCCACCGUGCGUCUGACAGUUUGGAAAGGAAAAAGAAAGAGUUCUUGGUUAUCUCCGUUACAAAAGUGACUUGCUACAUGGCACUGUCCACAUCUUUGGGGUUAGGGUUAAUCCUGUAGCCAUACACCAAAAUCCUAAUAGGAAGAGUAUGGAGAGUUUAUCGGAUACUCUGAAAGACCCUUUCUGUCGCUCAUGAUCGCCGACCACGCCCCUGCUGGGAGAAGGCCCUGUCCCCCUGUCCAGUCUGACAGGAGACGGCUCCUCCUUCCCCCUGGGGUUGUUGCAUGAGUGAAAUGACACUGUAUUUGCCAGCUCUCGGUUCCAGGUGAUGGAUUCAGUCUUUCUGAAACUUAGAAAUGUUGGCUGCACAAGCCAGGGAUAUUGGGAGACGCGUAGAAGAUAAAGCAGAUGAAUUUACACUGCAGAUCAGAUGGCAGCGAGUCAUUACCAUAGCACCACAUAGCCCACGGCAGCACCCCAGAGCCACCACAUACAGCAGGCUCCAGAGACCGGUCACAAACAGCCGAGCCAACCUGAAGAUGACUCUGUGCAGUCACCUGAUUCACCAGGAAUAGUGGCAGCUUUCACUAACUGUGACAAUUGUACAUGCAUCGAGUCUCCAGUAACCUCAGCUUUCUCACGCCAGAGUUCCAAUGCAUUUGUUGUCUGCUCUCUCUCGUCACUGACCCUUCAUUUCCUGUGCCUUCUGAGAAAGAAAGCAUUGUUCUUAUUACAAAAAUCAAACAAACAGAAACCACUGAAGCUAAGUUUGCUUGCCCUUACUUGAGAAUAGUUCGGGGAUAUAAAUGAUAUCAGUGACAUCAUGUGUCUCACUUAACCUGUUUGGUCAGAAGGGGGCAGGGUAGGAUGGGUUUGUUCUUUGUUUUGUGUGUUUGUUUUCAACAUGUAGCAAUCAACUUAUCAUUUCUUUCUUUGAACCCAAAUUAAAAAUACAUAUUUCCAGUUUAUAAAUUCCUGAAUAACCUUAAAAAAUAUUUUAAAGGCAAAACUACAUUCACAAACAGGAAAAUAUAAGAAUGCUUAAUCUUUAUAGCCAAAUAAUUUUGUAAUCUGAAGGGUGAACAGUAUCGGUAUAUUGAUUUUUGUUUAGAUUUUAGUUAUUUAGCCUUUAUUAUUUUCUGGUAAGAAGUCUCGCCCUUUUUCAUCCAUUCCACCACUGUCAGCACGUUUGAUUUGUCUUGAUGAACAUGCUGCCUGCCGGGCUUUAUUUUUCCACAUUUCACCCCAUAGUAAUGAAAUCAGCAAUGUUUUCCUACACUGAACAUGACAUGCACGCAUAAAAUGUGAGAAUAAAUAGUAGGUAUAAGCAUUAAUUCUUGUUCCUCUGCUCUGUCCUGCCUAACUGGCUAAAGUUGAAGGCACACAUCAUGCUAAGAUGUGGAUGGUUCUUAACCAGCUGACUUACUUACAGUGUAAGCAAAAGCUUUGGGUACACUUGACUUGUUGUACCACAGAUCUGAUAUGGGGUACACUUGUCUCAUAAUACCACAGAUCUGAUGUGGGGUACACUUGUCUCGUAGUACCACAGAUCUGAUGUGGGGUACACUUGCCUUGUAGUACCACAGAUCUGAUGUGGGGUACACUUGUCUCAUAAUACCACAGAUCUGAUGUGGGGUACACUUGUCUCAUAAUACCACAGAUUUGAUGGGUGAGUCAGCAUUCCUUUGAAAAUGGCCCAGUAUGGGUUCAACUACUAGUGAACAGGAAUUAUACAGCUAGGUUAAGAUUUUUCAAUUGCCAAAAGAUGAACAAGCCAAUUCUGUUCCCCCUCAGCCAUGGGGAGUGCUCAGAUACAGCUGUCCCAAUAGAAGUUAAGUAGAGAAAAGUUCUUCCAUUUCUGUUUAGGAUAGUGUAAGGUAUCUGAACCCCCUUGCAUUUGAACGGGCCGUUCAGUUAAACAGUGAGUAAGCCUUUAAACUGCCUAUACCUUUUCUUCAUAUUCUGGGAUUGCCCCCUCAGCAGGCAGAACUUUGCACAGCCCUCCCUACUCUAAACCCUACUCUAAACCCGGUUAGCUUCUUGCCUGGCUUCUCCAUGGAGAUGAGAUACAGGCUUGAGCGUCUUCCCUCUCAGCCUCUCCUCUCUCCUCUCUGCUCAGUUUCCCAAGGAAAACUGUUUCCAUUGUCAUUGCUUAGUUAUUGCUGUUUAUCAUAAGCAGUAUUACAGAUCACAUCUACUUGACAUCUGAAUGCUCUCUUGGCACAGUUUCAUCUUUUACGUGCUGUGGUUCUUGUUCCUUGAAACACUCGCUGAGCAAGCAGCCCAUGCAUACAUGGUGAGGGGACUACUGGUAUAAGGAGACCACUGUCACAUUUUACUAACUGUGGGUUAGUUUGGGGUUGGUUUUUUUUUUUUCCUUCUUUGGGAACUAUAUUUCUCUGAUAUGAGAAGCACAAGCCUCUGUUGGCUUAAAAUAAUGGUUCCCGUGUUAAAUCUUGGUAAUGUCUCCCCCAGUCUGAGAAACAUGCCUUGAGAAAUACUGGAGAAGCAAGAGUGCUGAAGCAUUAUUAAUAUCUCUCCAGUUUUGCACACUUCCUGUGUAUGUACCCGUGUGCAUGUGUUGAGGAUGGCAGCAUAAAUUUUACUCAACAAAACCUCACUCCCACUAUGAUUCAUGUUAUUUUGUAGCACUAUCAUAACCUAGUAAGCUAUUCUUUGUUUUGACUAGUUUUCAUUUUUGUGAUUAAAUACCUGCUAAAAGUUACUUGGGAUGGAAAGAGAGGAACACAACCCUGCACUAUAUAUAGCAUUAUAUAUAUAAGCAGGGGGCGGGGUCUGUCAGGCCCAGAUUUAGCUUCUCAACAUUGACUUUGGUACUGAUCUUGUCAGAAAUCAUGCCUAAUUAUAGUUUCCUGAUAUACACAUCUGUUUAUGAGAAGUUGAAUUGACAUCACCUAAAGCAUUAACUUUACCCGUGAACCAUGGAUGCCCUACUGAUAAAAACAAACCCGAGGUCUCUAAUGAUUUCUCUAGACUCUAUUAUGAAGAUAUUCGACUGAGUGAAUCUCCUGAGGAAAUUUCCUCUGUUGAGUUUCCCUUGGUAACUUACAUAAAUUGUUUGCUUGAAUAAAAGAAUUUCUGUAUAGAACGUAAAUUUAAAUGUGACUAUUUUUGCUGUCGACAUUUUAAAAAUGAGAUAUACUACUAUAUAUAAGUGUUGGAGCAUUUGGUUUGGGGCCAGGUGUUUUCCUGUGCUGUGCUGGGUGCUCUUAGGACGAGUGUCUUGACUCAUUUGGACUGUUCCAGUCAUUGGAACCUUGUCAUCGGCUUCUAAAAUUCUUAGCCUUUCAUUUCUGAAGAAAGAUAGGCUGUUACUAUGGCAAAGGUAAGUAUUAAUAUUUCUUGAAAAUUAUAUAAAUAUUUGUUCCCAGUUAAUACAUUUCACUUUCUCUUUUGUGGCAAGUGACCUCAGUGAAUUGCCUGAGGGCAAGAUUUGGAUUCUUUACAGGAUUCUCAAACUACACAAUAUGCUAUAAACUAAGUAUUUAAUGUGUUCAUAAAAUUGUCAGGAAAAUGUAAUUCAUCAUUUAUUUGUUUGAAAACAACAACUCAGAUAAUCUGUCCAUCUUACAUGAUUUGAGCAGAAAUAUAAAUUUUUGCAAUCCUUUUGAGAUUUUCUUGACAUAAAGUAGGGAUUAAAACGUGUGGUUUCUAUCAGAUAAGACUUCAGAAAUGUUUACUUUCCUUGCAUUAAGACAAUUAAUGUAUGAGCUGUGUUAGGACAAAUAAUUUGAAGGACAUGUUACUGUGACAGACAUAAAGAUAGAGAAGUCUUCAUACAUAGAAUUCUUGAUUCAUGGUAGUUGUCAGAUUAUUGACUUGUUUGUGAUUUGAAGAUUUAAAAUGCUUUCUUACUACAUGUGUGAAAUUGUUCCUGCAAUGUCUUCCUGGAUAGUAGAAUUAUCUGUAAGGUUUUUAUAAAUGUAUAAUUUAUGUACAAAUAUAAUUGAAAUCUGGGGUGACUCAAUAAUUACUAUUCUUAAUUCAGUAAUAGCCACCAGAUAACUGACACAUUUGUAAACUUAGCACCCGUGUGUAUACAUGUAUGUGCACAUACACAUUGUUACAUUUAUUCUCAAGUGAAUUUAUCACUUAAUUUUUUGUAAAAGUAUUUGAGCUGUUCAUGUAAUGGAAAAAGUCACCAUCAAGAUGUACAUAAAUGUCCCUUAAUUUGACACGUCGUCACAUUUAAUUAUAAAAAUAAUGCUUUUGA